GAAGAAGUACAUAAUUAACAUUUACAUACAUAUCAAUUAUUUGGCAGCAUUAAAUAAACUGAAAUAAACCGCACCCAAAAUCUUAUUGGUUACAAAAUAAUUACGGAGUAAUAGCGCAGCCAUGUUGCGGCGUAUGUAUGCACAUUGAUGCACAUACGCGACCAGUACGCGACACGUAGAUUCCAACCAAACAUUAGAUACUUCGUGAUAAAGCUUGACAAUAUACACAUUAUUUGCGCGUCCAAAUUGAAAAAUUUCCUCACGAUUUUAAUAAUGUUUACGGGCAAUGUUGUUACCUUUUGAGGAAUAUUACAUGAUAUAUGUGCUUGCUUUGAAAGGGGAAUAAAAUUAACGGUGCAAAAGAAGAGAUCGAGGUUAUUCAUAUUUGACUGAUGAAAAAUGCCAGGUUGUGCAGCUAUUGGUUGUAACAAUCGUAGUGAAAAAGGAUAUAUUAUGAAAUGUUUUCCUCGGGAUCCAAUAUUGAGACAAGUUUGGCAGGAUCGUGUUGCUAGAGCCGAUUGGGAACCAUCUAACAAUUCUUUUCUCUGUCACGUACAUUUUGAACCUCAGGAGUGGGUUAUUACUCAAAGUGGUAAACUCAGAUUAAAAAAGAAUGCUGUUCCAUCUAUUUUUACUGUAACAUCAACCAGGAAAUCUGCCAAGAAACGCAUCAAGUUAGCUAAUAUGAAGAAUGAAGACUAUUACAUGGUGGAAUUUUUAGAAAAUGAUUCUGAUCAUUCGUCCAGUCACUUGGAAGAAAAAGAUUCUGAUUUACAGGAUAUUGAUAAAUCGUCUAUACAAUCACUUGUACAUCAGCAAGUAAAUUAUUUUUCAAAAAAGAUAGAAAAUAAACAACAAGCAUCUCAUGGACAUUAUAUAGAUAUUACGAAUAAUCUUCAACAAAAAAGUAUUAUAAUUUCAGAUGAUAGUAUGGAGAUAGAGUGUGAUAUUAAAGAAAAUGAUACUGAAAAGCAAGCAAAUACAGAGAAUAAAACAUCUAUUAGUAAUUUUAUAGCAAAGACAAAUUCAAUUGAUAAUCAGAAUGAGGAUUUAAAAAUAGAAACAAAACAAGAAAAUGACAUAUUCAAUGAUGAUUAUGAUGAGAUAGAGGAGAAAUUAAAGCAAAUUUGUGAUGGUCGUGAAGAAAUGAGUACAUCUAAUAUAGAAGAACUAAAUUCAAUUCCUACGAAUUGGAAAGGAAGUUUAGAAGAGUCGGUAACGCAGCCAUUGUUUCAUAAAAGUAUAAAUUAUAAAUAUUCGUCGAGAAAUGAAAUUGGAGAUAUGCUUACCGAUAAUAGAGACAACAUCGAGAUCAUCUUUGGUAGUGAAAGCAGUGAAGAAUUUGUUCGCGUUCCUAGAUAUACAUUUUCUAACAAUGGAACUAAUGAGAAUGAUAAACAGAAUCAACAUACUAUAAAUAUCAACAGUAUCACUAAUGAUAAAGAGCUCGCUGAAACUGAAAACACUACCAACAGAGAAAAUUUAUACGUUACAUCAAACACGAGGACUGCUGUAAACUGUGAAGAAGCAACUCGAGAGGAAAUUAUGAAAUCUAUAAAAACACCAGUUCAAGAUACAUCUUUUGAGGAUACAAAUUCUAUGCUUAACAGUGAUACUUCUACAAUGAUACUGGAUGUAGAAGUAGAAAAUGAAUCAACAAAGGAACUGAAUAUAUCUGAAACUAUGGAAUAUAAUAAAGAUAGUGCUAUAUCAGAUACAACAAAAUUUACAGUCAAAGUUACAGGCGAUCGCGAGGAUGUGGUUGAUAUUAUGCAAGAUUUAUUUAAAGAUACGCAAGAUUUUACUAUUCAAGAGCACAAUAAUACUUGUUUACAGCAACAAAAUAAUGCGUCUGUUACUUCUAUCAUUACGAUAAAUGAUUAUCCAUUAGAAACAAAUUCUAUAAAUAAAUGCAAUGAUAUUUUUUCGCCAUGUAUUACAAGUAUUGCAUCACGAAACAACGAUCAAAUGUCAGAUGCUUUGUCAAGUUUACAAAAUGAUGAAUGUCCAACUUCAAAAUUACCACCAUCGAAUAUGGUUGAAGAGAAGGAUCCAGAAGUGAAUAAUGUCAUGAUUAAUAGCGUUAUCGAACAACCAACGAUGGAUAAUGCUAAUAAAUGUGAAUAUGAGAAAUUACAACAAAAAGUGAAACUGCAAGAAACUAUCAUCGGGCAAUUAACUAAUCAACUUAUUUUGCUCAAGGACUUGGAGAAAAAAUGGCAAAAUAAAAAUAUAAUGCUCAAAGCAAGAACAAAGAAAAUGGAAAAACAGAUGAAUGAAUUGAAUAAAAGUACGGAUGGCACAUCAUCUUCAACAAGCUGUAAAAAAAUGGAUAGUAGACAAAAGUUGAUUUAUGAUUUAUCGCACAGAAUGAGUAAUUUGGAAGAGAUGAAUAAAAAGUUAAUGAAAACUAUAACUAUCGAAAGUCAACAAAAGAGACAGCUAGAAAAUCAAAUCAAGCAAAGAGAUAAACAAAUAAAAGAACUCAAUUGGAAAUUGGAUAAAGCUUCGAAAUACCUCGAGCGAGCAGAGAAAAAUACAAAUACAUAUAGAAGAAAAAUGUUAAAUAUGCAAACUUUUAUGAGAAGAAGAAAACUCUUGGAUGGAAGUACGAGUGAAUUUUACGACAUAAUGGUAGACUGUACGAAGGAAAACUAUUCCGAAAAAAUUCUGACAAUGGCAGUGGAUAUUAAAGAAAUUUGUGGUACGAAUGGAUACAAAAAGCUGUUAAACUAUGGAUUUCCACUUCCAACAUUAUCGGUUUUGCAAGCUCUCCCAAAUAAUGGUAUUUCAGAUACCAGUAAAAGUAAUAACAAAAUUCAGGAAACGAUUUAUUUAAAUACAGACGAAGAGAAUGAUACUCAGCAUAUGGAAAAUGAUGUGGAAGUCAAUACAAAUAAUCAUGUAGAGCAUACAACGUUUUGUGUAGGAAGCGUGAUGGAUGGUACUGAAACUGUAACAGGCACUGUCCAAGAUAUUUUCGAUGAAAGCAAUGAUGAUAUGGAUGAUUUGAGUACAAAUGAACUAAGCGAUCAUUUUUUUUUACAAUUAAAUGCAGUUAUUUAAUUAUUAAUUGCAUGUAUGUAAAAUU